UGUCACCAUUUCCGACGUCAUAACUAAAGUCCGUCGUUUUUAAUCUGACACUUUACGCAUAAGGAGUGAGGGGGUGUUUCAUAUGACGAAAACAGGUGUGACAUCAGGUAACCAUUGGCGUUCUAAUGUAGAGAGCCUCCUGCCGAGUAUCAGAUUGAAAUCGACAGACAAUAAGUCGUCAAUUAUUUAAACAGCCUACGUCAAGGCAAGAAAUAACAUGCUGCUUACGUCACAACUAAUGAUUUGGUGGGAGUUGUCUCAUUUAAGGAUAGACUAUCCUGUAAUAGUAGUGUGUAUCAUCUUUGCGUUUUCCGCACGUCUAUGGCAAGUAAUUUUAUCUUGCUCAAUACAAGUAUUUUUAUAAAAAUGUCUCACACACGUUCAAUCACUAUUUAAUUGCAAAAAAGUUUCACUUAUUUGACAUUACUUUGACAAAAUUGACUCUAAAAUGACAGAUAGUGUCCUUAACGUAGCCAUAAGAAAAUUCCUAUGGCCCGAUUAUAUAGUAUUUUUCACAGUGAUUCUCGUUUGCCUACUAAUCGGAAUGUACUUUGGGUUUUAUAAACAAUCGAAAACUUCAGACGAUUAUCUAGUAGGCGGCCGUAAUAUGGAAACUUUUCCCGUUGCUAUGUCUCUAAUUGCAAGUUGGGUAAGCGGUAUAAACCUACUAGGAAUUCCAAGCGAAGUUUACGUGUACGGCAUCCAUUAUGCUAUGAUUAUUGGCGCCUUUUUGCUCAUGACAAUCGUAAUGCUUUACGUUUAUUUGCCGGUAUUUCACAAUUUGAAUCUAACAUCUACAUAUGAGUACCACGAACUAAGAUUUGACAAAAGGGUGCGCCUUUUUGGCUCUAUAUUGUUCACCAUCAGCUCAAUUACAUGGUUGCCGCUUGUAAUCUAUAUACCGGCCUUGGCAUUGAAUCAAGUCACAGGAAUUAAUGUGCAUCUGAUAACGCCGAUAGUGUGCGUCACUUGUAUUUUCUACACGUCACUUGGAGGUCUGAAAGCAGUGGUGUGGGCCGAUGUUGUACAAAUAGCAUUGAUUUACGCCGCCAUUUUGUUGAUCGCUGUCAAAGGCACUUUGGACGUUGGUGGUUUUUUUUUGGUUGUGGAACGGAACGUUGAGAGUGGCCGAAUCGAGUUGCCAGACUUCGAUCCAAAUCCUUUUGUGCGGCACACGUUUUGGUCAUUAACAUUCGGUGGUUUUACAUACAUUUUACAAGCGGCAGGUGUCAAUCAGAACAUGGUGCAACGCUACUUGGCCUUGCCAACUUUGACAUGUGCCAAAAAUGCCUUGUGGAUGUUUUUCUUUGGCAUGGUUGUCAUUAUAACCACUUGCUCUUACCUGGGAUUACUUAUUUAUGCUUCGUUUCACAAUUGUGACCCACUUACCACAAUGCUGGCUAGGGAAAAAGACCAGUUACUGCCCGUGCUAGUAAUGACAGUUCUAGGCAAAGUGCCAGGCCUACCGGGCGUUUGUUUGGCAGGUAAUUUCAGUGCGGCCCUAAGUUCACUGUCAACGGCGCUUAAUUCAAUGUCAGCUGUCGUUUUGGAAGACUUUUACAAACCGUUUUUUCAAAAGGAGCUCAGCAAAAAACAAACCGACAUUUUAAUGAAGUGCACAGUAUUAAUUUUUGGAAUCAUUUGCGUGGCAUUAGUUUUUGUUGUUGAAAAACUAGGUGCAGUUUUACAAUUGUCAAUCAGUAUAGGUGCAAUAACAAGCGGUCCAUCUUUGGGCAUUUUCACUAUGGGCAUGUUAAUUCCGCACGUAAACGCCCGUGGCGCCCUCUACGGCGGCAUGACGUCACUACUGUUUAUGGCCUGGUUUUGUUUGCGCACGCAAACUCUGAUUGCUUCCGGUGAUUUGACUUUUAAGACAAAACCUGUCACCACUGAAGGUUGUCAAUAUAGUUUUGCGUCCGCAAAUGUGACAGUUGUGACACCUACUACAGAGGAGCAACUGUUUAUGAUUUAUCGUUUGUCUUAUUUGUGGUACACGUUGCUGGGAACUUUUAUAACAGUUUUUGUGGGUGUUUUGGUCAGUGUUGUCAGUGGUCCAUUAAAUCCCAAGGAUUUGGAUCCAAAAUUGCUUGCACCUUUUAUGAAGAAGUGGAUUAAGUCUAGAAAAUUUUCCAAUGAGGCCAGAGGGGAUGAACUUAUUUACGCAUUUAAGCUUACAACGGGCCAACUAGAACAAAAUGGCGUCACAGAAUCAUUAUAAAAAAAAUAGUUUUUAUUAAUAAAAUCCCUACUACAAAUACAAAAGAGCCCUGGAAACGUUAUAAAUACACGGCCUACUGAAGUUCUGGUAAGACAAUGCGGCACUGUUGACGUUCAAAUACGUCGUGACGCACGUCAUUAGCGUACCAGCAACAAUUAUUAGGAUGCAAAGUGCCACUUCUAGUUUUCUAUUCCAGAUCCUUGAUAUGUAAUAUGACGUUUGACUCAUUUGACAUUGUUCAACAAUGUAUUCCCUAGAAAAUAAAACACCAAGUGUUGUUGGCAAUACUGUAAUAAUAAUGUUUACCUCGUAUAAUCAUCCUCUUUGCUUGGUUUAUUCAUUACAACGUUGGUGAAGCUUUCUUUUUCCAAUUUUACAAGGUGCUUCGUAUGCAUACGAACAAUUUUAACAUAAAACAACGGCGGUAGAAUAAAGACCAGCGGUCCUAUUAAAGUACCACCAAUCAAGGACAUUACCAAAUCAAAUCUAGGUACCGAUUCUGCUAUAACAAUGGCCAAAAAUGUCAAAAUUGUCCUCAAAAUGCACCGCUUAUGGUUGAAUUCUCUAGAAAUAUUCAAAAAAUCCUCCAUGUGUUGAUAGAGGGCGUUGUUGCUGACAGCUGACGUUAGACACAACUGAACGGCAACCAGUGUCGCGGCAAAAUGCAAAGCCACUGACGUAGGCAACGUUUCUAGAAUACUAGGAUUUGCGGUGUUGCCAUAUUUCAGUGCGGCUAUAAGAGUACUACUACCAAACAUAAACAGCGACACUAAAAAUCCACCUAGAAUGGCUUGCGGUAGCUGACGUUUGUCGCACAUGUCCAUUUGAAUUGUCAAAAUUGACGGAUGGAUGUCAAAUUGAAAAGCUACAAUGCCGUAAGCUGAAAUUAUCAGUCGCCAUAGGCUUGUGUCAUUUGGUUUUGGAACUAUUUCAUUGGUUGGAGCGAAUAGUAGGCAGGCGCAAAUUAGUAAGUAAACUGUUGACACUAUUAUGACAGAUAUUGUGCAAAGGAUUUUCAUAUCUUUUGGACUGCCAAGCCAUAAAACCGGACAUAGGAUGGCACCUAAAACGAUUAUCCAAUAGCAAAAGGAGAUGUUAAGGUCGCUGACUCUGAGGCCUAAAAGUUGUAAAUUUUGUGCAGCUAAAAACUAAAAGUAGUUACUCGUUUGCAAGCAAUGUUGCCAUAUAUAUUACCGACAAUUAAAUUAGGUAUUCCGCCGCUGAAAACGGUAAGAUCGACCAAAAAAGUGACGUAGUAGGAGGUGCAUUUGCCGAAAGUCAAUUCGGCCAAGGCCGAGUACGGAUAGCGGUUUUUCAGUUUUAUGCUGGGACGAAUUUCUUCGGCUAAGGUCCAACAUUUUCCUAGCAACGUUGCAGUGUAAAUUUGCACCGAACACACAACGAACACUAUCAAGAUGCCAUAAAAACCUAAAAAUUGAAUUAAUAAAGUGUUGCCAAAUUGUGCAUACUUACCGCAAUCGAUGAUGGGUUUCGGUAAGGUUACAAUUGGAAAUACUCCAAAUACGUCUACAACGCAAAUAAUGGCGAAAAAUAGGGACAGGUUGUUGUUUAUUGCAAUCUUCGGCAAGAGCGGUCUUGAUUCUUCAAUGUGCAUGGUGGAAUUUAAAAAAAGAAAAUUGUAAAUCGAUAUUCUAUCGUUGUAAGGUUUCCGUGCUUGGUGAAAUCAGCGUUUCAAGUUACACUUGUAUCGAAUUUAUUUUGCAUAUAGGGGUGUUUCAAAAUGGAAUAACUCCAUUGAUUUUUGAAAAAAAAAAGCAGUUGGUAUUACUGGCUCAAAUAAAUUUGACAGCAGGUGAAUGGGGUGGAACACGAAUAUAUUUCUCCCUAUCUAUUACAUUUCGAGCUGUAUUGUUUCAUCUUUUUCUACACCCUCAAAUGGAAAAGCUCAUUUUUUAUCUUAAUAGGCCCAUUACAAACAAAUUUUGACAGUUGUAAUGCAAUCAGGGCUGGGACUCUGUAACGAGAGAUACUUUCUCUAUCCCUAUUGAUUUCGAUAAGAGAGAAAUAGAUAGCAAGUAGCCAUAGCGAUAGGGAUAAUCUCUAUAUCCGUUACAGAGACAAAGAAAAGAAUGAAAAAUAAAUUAAAUUAAAAAGAAAAAAUGUUGUUUUCUUUAUUUCAAUUAUUGAAAAGGUAAAUAAAGAUUAAAUGGUCUACCAACUAUUAUUCAUAAUGAGAGCUUAUCUCGGGAAAAGUGAGAUAAGAUUAGUCUGUGUUGAAAUCCUCACUGAAAUGAUUUUGUGCAACUGUUGUGUAGAUUGGAAAAGUACAUUUAAAUAAAAAUGAGCGAGGACAUCUACCAAACUGGAACCGGUUACUUGAAAUCGUACCCGGGCAUUUUGAAAAUUUUAGAAGGCGCUUUGCACGUAAAACUAAUUAUUUUCACUUUGAUUCUGACAUCUACGCCUCAAGCCCAGUUUUUUUGCGGCAUUUCAAUUUACGGCGUCAUAAGCGCUACAGUGUUGCUAUUAUUCCAUAUACAAGGAGUAGGAAAAAAUUCGCAAUUUCCUUGGUUUUGGGUCGAGUGCAUCAACAGCGGUUUCCUAGCGCUGUUGUUAUUGGUCAGUGCCUCUUUAAUUGUUGCUAUUAUGACCAAAGGAUACAUUGUGACAGGAAUUAUCGGAUAUGUGGCAACGUUGGUGUAUGUAAUGGACGCCGUUGAUAAAUACAAUGUUGCCAGAACGCCUAGGGCUAGAUAUGUUUGGACCACGCCCAAUAUGCCUGAACAGUUACCAUAAUUUUUUUUAUUUAUUUAAAAUUACUGAACAUUAAAAUAAUAUACAAUAAGUAAUAAUUAAUCAUCUUCAACUUUCUUGUACUUGUAUUUGCCUCGCAUGUGUUUGGGUAGUAGGCAAGUACCAGAACAAGGUACUUGUCCGGGUAUUACACAUAUGCAGCUCCUUAAGCAACCGGCACCGAAAUUUGCAGGGUUGUCUUUUUUCUCCUUAGCAAUUAGUUCGGAUUUUAAGACUUGCUCGUUUUUUCCGAGUACUCUGAUCAAGUGCUCGUAGAUUUCUUCUUUAUUUCUGCCGUCGAUAUCAAUUAACAUGUGAUCGCCAG